ACAGAGAGAGAUACACACAAACAGACGCGCACACACACACAGAGACACGUGCGCUUGCGCGGACUUUUGCAGUGGAUCACAGUGUUCAGACAGAAGGUUCAGUCUGUACCGUUAUAAUGGCUCAGAAGGAUAUUUGUAAAUAGGGUUAAAUAGCGACGUUUCACACUUUAAGGUCUUUAAACACCCCGCAGAAUCUGAAAAUUGUUCUAUUUGCAGGAAUACGGUUAAAGAAUCCAUGUGAUUUGUUUAUACUUGGGGCGUUUUAUUUCUUUCUGGAUUUUGAAGAUUUGUCGAUUUCCAGGUAUCAAAGAUGCUUCUGUCCAAAUUUGGAUCUUUUUCUCACAUUUGCGGCUCUAACAUUGACCAGUUUCCAGUGAAAAUUCACCUCCAGUCAGCUAAAGUGGAAAACGAGCAGUUUGAUAAAGUGUACCAUGUGGGCUCGGUGCUGGGAAGCGGGGGAUUCGGGACAGUUUACGCUGCUAGUCGCGUUUCAGACAGUUUGCCGGUCGCUGUGAAACACGUGGCCAGGGAAAGAAUUACCGAGUGGGCCACAGUUAACGGUUCACUGGUUCCUCUGGAGAUUUUCCUGAUGAAGAAAGUGGGAAAUACAUGUCAGGGUGUUAUUAAACUGAUUGAUUGGUACGAAAGGCCUGACGGGUUUUUGAUCAUUAUGGAGCGGCCGGAGAUGGUUAUGGAUUUAUUUGACUACAUCACUGAAAAAGGGGCCCUGGAUGAGGACACGGCCAGGGGUUUUUUCCGCCAGGUCCUGGAGGCUGUGCGACACUGUUACAGCUGCGGGGUUAUACACAGGGACAUUAAAGACGAAAACCUGCUGGUGGAUUUACGCACAGGAGACAUUAAACUCAUCGACUUUGGCUCAGGGGCCAAUCUCAAGGAUACAGUGUACACUGACUUCGACGGUACAAGAGUCUACAGCCCACCAGAAUGGAUUCGCUACCACAGGUACCAUGGACGCUCUGCAACAGUGUGGUCACUUGGUGUGCUGCUGUAUGAUCUGGUAUGUGGAGAUAUACCGUUUGAGCAUGAUGAUGAGAUUCUGAAAGGUCAUCUCUUCUUCAGAAGGACAGUCUCCCCUGAGUGUCAGCAACUCAUCAAGUGGUGUCUCUGCUUGAGACCAUCAGACAGACCUUCUUUGGAACAAAUAUUUGAGCAUAAGUGGAUGCAUACAGAGAAAGACUCAAAACCUCUGACCAGGGACAUCACUCUUCACACAAUCUCCACAGACUCCUCAUCCAGCACAUGUUCAAGCAAAGAAAGCCUCUGACAGCAACAGAUAUACUGGCUGACAAUUUAGGACCCAAGAUGGUUUAGAGUUGUAUUUUUUUUAUUAAUUAAAAUUUUUAGUUGAAUAUUUGUCAGCCUUUUUAUUUUUAUUUCAAAUGAAUAUUUUUUUAACACUCAUGGGAAGUGCAAAUGCAGCAAUGUUAGCAACCCUAUGGCCAUACUCUUUGCUCUUAUAGAGCUUAUUCUUUGACUUUAGAUUUAAUUUGUACUAGUGCCUUUUUAUUUAGAAAGCUGCUUGUUUGGACAGUAAAAAUUUUUUUAUUUAUUUAUUUAUUUUUAUAUAUUAAUUCUCACUCGCCCCCUUGCGGUGGACUAUGUAUUCUCUCUCUCUCCCUCCACCUCUUCCCACACGCAUAGUAUACAGAUAACACCUUCUACUGCUGUUUCCUCAUUGGGUUUUGGAUGGUAGAUACUUUGAUUUGCACAAUCAAUGCAAUGUUAAUAGGGUUACGAUUUUGAAUAUAAGGAUUUGUGUUUAUUUAUAUUCAAUCCAGUAUGUUAUUUAUUCAUAGAAAGCAAACAGUCUGCAGUCUGUGGCUAUUUAUUUAUUUAUUAAUUUUAUACCAUCAGAAAGAAGGAAAUAAUGCUAGUUUUGAUACCUUUGCCUUGUUCUGUAGUUACAUUUUUUUUGCUAACAAAUAAUUCCUGAUAAUAAACAAUACUUCAUUUAUAAGUGAUACACAUUUAAGUAAUUGUUUUUUAAUGUACUUUGACUCUAAAAGCUUAUCCACUAUAUAUGAAAGUAACAUAGUGGUUCAUACUGUGACUGUGGAUUUCUCCCUUUUCGCAUUGAUUCACGAUGCAGUUUAUUUUUUUAUAAUAAUAAAUACUUUUUGUUUCA